GAGCUCAAUUCAAUUCGAAAUAUAUUUGCAGGACUUGAUUUCUAUUUACAAAAAUCGGACCAAACCAAAUGGCGAAACAUGACGAAUCAACAGUUGUUUGUGUAAAAAGUAAAUGGGAGCAAGGAACGUAGACCCAAUACGUCAUUUAGUCGACAUGGAGAUGCGAUUUCAGAAUCAGAUGAUGAAUGUUUGGAGGAGACAUCGCAUUCGUCAUGCUCAAGAAAUUUUUCCUGUCCGCCCGGCAGAACCAGGAAAACCGCGUUAUGAAAGGGUUAUUGUGGAUGGUGACAUUGUAAGUUAUCUAGCAAACCCCCAUAAUCAAGUGGGUAUCUACAUUGCUUCUGACCCUUUGACCCCAGAUGAUUAUUACUUUGAAGUAGAAAUAUUAGAUAGUGGAAACUUAGCUACAAUAGGUGUUGGUCUUGUACCAUUAAGAUAUCCCACAGACUCCCAGCCUGGUUGGAGGGCCUUCUCUGUGGGUUACCAUGCUGAUGAUGGAAAACUGUACAAAGCUAAUGGGUUUGGUAAACCAUUCGGUCCUAAAUCUCAGGCGGGUGAUAGGAUAGGAUGUGGAAUCAAAUUUCCUAAACCCAAUGGUGAUCAGGAAAAUCCAGCAGCCCAGAAUAUGGCAAAGGUCUUCUUCACACACAAUGGAAAAGAGGUUGGCAUUGUCAUGGCAAUGUUACCCCCAGAUGGUAACCUCUACCCAGCAGUGGGCAUGCACUCCGAGGGUGAGGAGGUCAAGGUCAUGCUGGAUGCAGAGUGGCACUAUGAGGAUCUAGAGUUAAUGGCCGUGGACGACGGAGAAGACGACUGGUCUCGUCUCCACGACGUCAAACUUAACGGCACGAUGCUGGAGUAUUCAGGGAGAGGAAAAAGUAUCCAUGAUGUUGGACUAGCCCAGGCUAGGUAUCCAUUGGAUACCACCAAUCAUUACUACGAAAUAGAAGUCAUGGAUCCAGGAGAAAAUUGUUAUAUUGCCAUAGGAAUCGCAAGAAGGAAUUAUCCAAAGAACCGACAUCCUGGUUGGAAUAAAGGCUCAGUGGCAUAUCAUGCAGAUGAUGGUAAAAUCUUUGUUGGCUCUGGAGUAGGUGAGCCAUUUGGUCCCAAAUGUCAUAAAGGUGAUAUAAUGGGUUGUGGAAUCCUGUUCCCUAAUGAUUAUGACAGUGAGGCUGACAGCGACCAGUCUCCGGAUGACCCGGAUGUCAGUAACAGAGAACUGGAUGAGCUGGAUCCAUCCGAUUCGGAUGACUCCGAUGAAGAGAACAUGUGGUGGAGGCCAGGCAAUGAUGACCAAGGAACCAAAGUACAGGUGUUUUUCACAAGAAAUGGAAAGAUUGUGGGAACGAAACAAGUGUCAAUACCAAAGGGAGGAUUUUAUCCAACGGUUGGAAUGCUCAGUAGUUGUGAAAAAGUGCGAGUGGACUUACAUCCAUUAACUGGAUGACCUCUGACCUUCUAGAUACUAUCUACAAUUAUUUUACACUGACCAGAUUCCCAUUGCUUAAGUCCCACACAACAAUAUGCACUGGAUAUUCUCUCAAGCUUGUUUCACUGUUAACAUUCUGCACCUUUCAGAAGGAGGAUGUAGGCAGUAGCACUGAAAUCAGGAAAAGCCCCGUAAUUUUGGGGGGGACAAGUUAUUUUGAUCAUUUUUCAAGCCAUGUGCUGGUAUUGUUUGAGCUCUUAUAUAGGAUUGUGCUACAAUUUGUGCCAAAAAGUCUUAGGUUUUUUUUAUUUUAUGAAUCUAAACAAACUUUUGCUAUAUUAAUAGCUUGCUUCAAUGAAUUUUCAAAAAUAUCUUCACAUCUAUUUGAAGAACAAAUUAAAAGAAAUGUGCAAGUAGACCUGUUUUCAAACUUUACUAGUUUAUAAGAAAUAUUCUAAAAUUAAAAAUAUUAUUGUAAUUAAAUAACUGUCUAUUAGCAAUAGCUUAUUGAGUAAAAUGAUUUGCAAAAAAAGGUAGUAACAUGUAGCUUUUUUUUGUAAGCGGCAGUGAGGUUAGCUGAAUUAAAAGAAUCAUCAUUUAUAGCUCUGAUUUGUAUUUGUACCAGCUUUUUUUAAACUGGUGUAUAUAAAAUGCAAUAUAUAUAAUUAAUUCAUUUUUUUUCUGCUCCUACUUGUAUAUGUGUACUUGUAUACAUAUAUAAUGAAAUGUGAAUGUACAUGUAAUUAACAAUGUUAAUUAACAAAAAUCCAGCAUAUCAGGAACAGUAACUCUGUCUAUAAUAUUAUUGAAUACAAGCUGUGAUACACCUUACUAUUUUAUUAUAGCAUAUUUGUAGUUUGAGAGGGCAGACAUGCGUGGAUUUCCAUAUGAUUUUACAUGAAACAGGUUUACAUGUGUAUGUGUAUAGAGUGUGAAUUUUGUAGUCAUGGUUCAAAUGCUUUGAUUCUUUUUUUUUUUUUAAAUUAAAUCAUUAUUUUUGUUUACUAUUGAUUUUAGUGAACCUGAGCAUUUGAUGGACAGAGCUUUUGCCAGAAGUAAAUUAUCCGUAAUAACAAUUGCGUUAACAUAUAAAACCUUUCAGCAGUUAUUUCCUGACAUAAUUCUCCAAAUGCUAAGAUCGCUCACUAAUUGCACUCCACUUUUGCAUCAUGUCUAAACAUAAAUGGGAUACAGUCAAAACUUGACGGGAUUGAGGAAAAAAAAUCAAUAAAAUUGAGGAUUCAUGAUAUCAGGGGUAAAAAUACUUAAAAUACUAAGCUGUCAAUACUUCCAAAUUACCUUGACAUAUCUGUGGUAUUCAAGUUAUAAGUGUUUGAGAUACCAAUCAGCUGUGUGUGUAUGAAUCAAUGCUCCCCCAUCCCAAGCCUUCUUGUUUGAAAACAAGCAACAUAACAGUAUUAGAUGAUGGUUUCUGUUGUUUGUGUUAUUUGUAAAUGGUUGAGAGAAGUCAAAUGGUUUUGUAUUAACAGUAUUUGCAUGUAGUUGUUUAUGAUUUGACUUGAUGCUAUGAAACAGUUCAGAUGACCCUGUUUGAUGAAGAACAUUUUUGUUGUAUGUUGUUGUUACCCCCUUUUUUUGUUUGUUUCAUACAAAUAUAUAUAACUCACAACUAGUAUUUUUUAAAUAAAAGUACAUGCAUGUAUUCUGUUAAUAUUAAGUGUUAGAUUUUAAAAUAAUGACCUGUUUUGAAUAGUAAAAUGUAUAUUUUUGCAGUUGGUUAUUAAAAGAAAAGAAUAGGUAGCUAAACAAGAAUGGCACUUACAAAGACUAAGGCAAAAGAAACCAGAAUUUGCACAAAGAAUUUCAAUUUGAAAUGUUUUAACAAUUGCCCACUCUCAUAUUUGUAGAAAUCUUUGAAAGAUUUUUCACUUAAUUUGUCCAAUUAUAUUGUAUGCAUGAAAUUAAAAAAAAAAAAUUGGAUUUGUUGUGUAAUUUGAUGCACACAAACUUUUCAUUUGCCAGUUGUUAUUAUGAAGUUUGCAAACAUUUAUUGUCACUGUUCAUGACAGAUGUUUUAAGAGGAAUCCAUUCUAUAGGAAAACAUGUUCUAGUGCUUUGCUGAAUGCAUAAAUUUCUUUUGUAUAAUAAUUAUGCACUUUUUUUUGCAGAAUUGAAGUAAAAAAAAAUUACAAAUACACAAAGAAUGUUGUGGCAAUAUACUGUAUAAUGCAUUGUUUUCACAGUAAUCUAACUUUUGUUGUUUUUUUAGAUUGAAGAAAAUAGAUUCAUAUAGAAUUCUCAUCGAUUGUGAAAAUAUCCAUUAUGUAGAAAGAGGAUGACCAGUUGAAAAUAAUGUUUUGGUAUAUUUUUACAAAAAAUUGAGAUAUGAAGAAAAAUACAAUGUACAGUACCGGUACUAUGGUAGAAAUAUCUACAUAGGGAUGAAUCCCAUUUUAAAUGAAGGCUUAAUUUUUCAUCUUUUUCUUAAUUGUACUAUCUUAUUAAUGAUAGCUAUUAGAUUUAGGUUGUUUUCUUGUUUGAAACAAAUUACCUUAAAAUGGGAAUGUGAUGGGUUUUUUUUUUUUGGUAAACAUGUUACAUUAUGAUUCCAACACAAUUGUUUUAAUUCGUUGGAUGAAGAAAUGAAAAUCUAAAAAAAAAAAUUGUUUUACUUCUAGAUUUAAAAUAAAUCAGAAAUAAAUGUACACGAAUGUCAAGUACGACUAAGACUUUCUUUUUGCAUAAUGUAUUAUUUAUCACUUUAUACAUGCAUGUUUCAACUUGUUACAUGUAAUUGUGAAAUUUUACAGUGAUUUUUGAUCACAUGAAAGGCAAAAUGUUUUUGAUUAAAAUUGGUUACAUUUGUGGUUAAUAUGUGUCAUAAAAAUUUAUGUCAUGUUAAGUGAAUAGAAUGCUUUUUGAUGCCUUUUUGUAAUAAAAACAUAUAAUGUUA